AUGGACCACGCGCGCCCCGACUCGGACACGGCGGCGGACGGCGGCGCGGACGACCCGGACGGCCGGCUGUACGAUUAUCUGCUGGACAGCGGCGCGUUCGACGACGUGCGCGCGUUGGCCGAGUCGAUCGUCGGCUCGUCCGUGUCGUCGUCCGACGUGGACGGUGCCGGUGGUGAUGACGGAGACGACGACGACGACGACGACGGCGCCGUCGCCCGGCGGAUCGCCGACCGGCUAUUGGAGCAGAACGCCGACGACGUCGACCGGGCGCUGGACGCGGCCGUGCGCGACGCUCUGCUGGCCACCGGGUCGGCCGGCCGGCUGGUGGACCACCGGUGGCCGGGAUUGGUGGACAUCGGGCCCGGGCGACUGGCGCGCGACACAGCUCGCAGCCUGAACGCUCUCCUCCGGUUGCCGUUCACGUACGACACGUACACGGGCGCGUACUUUCGGCGGCUGACGGACGGGCUGUCCCGCGCCGUGUCGGCGGACGUGCAUUUUAGCCUCGCGAUCCGCGUGUACGCCAAGCUCGUGGACACGGCGCCGGACCCGGAGAGCGCGGCCGAAAGUUACGGUUCGCUGUGCGAGGCCACGCACGCGCGGUGUCUGUUACGGCAACGACGCGAUUUCGGCAAGACGGUGACGGCCGUGUCGCUGACGGCCCGAUGUCUGUCUGUGGUCAUCAAACGGGCUGCCGGCUGCCGCGGGGCCGUCAAACCGGCCAUUGUUGAGUUCGUGGCCACCAUUGCGGCCGACCCCGGUGGUCGCGGCCCGUACGCCGUCCUGUGCUGCGCCGAUCCUACUGCCACGUGGUUUGACACCGUUUCUAAGUACCACUCGUCCCGAUCGGUCUUUUUCCAGUGCUUAGACGGCGACCGGAAGCUGCUCCGGGCAGUCGUGUCCGGUUUCCACGAGUGGAUCGUCGAACCCGAGAUCCCUCGACGGUCGGACGACACGGACAUCGCGGCCGUGGUCCGGUACGCCCGCGCGUUGCACGCCGUGCACCUGCUGGCCAAGAUGUUCAGGUACCGCGCCACGGUGGCCAUGUUCCCCGUCAAGGUGUCCAGGGCGCUGCGGAUCCACGCGGCCGGUAUUUCAAACCACUGUCUCGGUUUCCUGUCCGCCAACCGCCGGGGCGUUCCCGCGACGUUGGCGCACGGCCUCUGCUUGCUGGUGGCCGCCGUGGCCGCGUUCCACCCCGAGACGCUUGACACGAUCGCGGAUAACGCUUUUGGCUUACGCAUACUGGCCAAGGUCGCGGAGCGUUCAGGUGCGUUGGCCGCGCGUCAACAGUUGGUGGACGGACUGUUCGAGAAUAGGCGCUGGAAGGAUGCCGGCGACGGCGCGGACGUGGAUUCUCUGACGGCGGUCGCGGCCACGUUGACGGCCAGUCGUCACGACGAGAUCUGGCGGCUGAUCACCAGGAGGAUGUCGUUCUUGGAGGACGCGGCCGCCGGCGACCCCGACCUCGGACACCGUCGGUCGCUCUUGACCAACGUGCGCGGCAGCCCACUGGGCACGCUCAUGUACGACACGCCGCAGCGGGACGACUUCGAUUGGUUGAACCCGCGACACCUGUUGACGUUGAGCGUCGCCUGCACCACGGCCGCCGGCAGACAGUGGCUGGACCGGACGAACGCGUUCGGUUCACUGGACGGAUUCGUAGCGGACCUUUCGCGCCAAACGGAAGUCUCUUUGGACCCGGACGGCGACCGGAAGUCCCUCGACUCGAUCGUCCGCGUCGCCUAUUCCUGUUGCUCGUCGAUCGGAGGGUUAGAAAUUGUACUUGCCCGUCUCCGAAUCGACGGCUCGGAAGCCGCUGUAACCGGAAUAGCGACACUCACUGAGUUUUAUUACGCUUCGUUGCAAAAUUUUGACGGCUAUCCCAUUACGAGAGGCGUUCUCGUGAUACUGUGGCUUCGUUUAAUACAAGCGGCCACGCACACGUUCAGCUCACGUGUUUACGCGGACUUGAAACUAAAAUAUCAAGAAACAUUAUUAAAGCUGUCCGCCGAAAGCCGCACGGAAGAUGAAAUAGUUUUCGUCGACGAAACAACCGAACUUUUGACAAAAUUACAACGCCCUCUGCUGUCGGACGGUACUGGGCACGCCACCGAAUCUACCCCUAGCGCUCUGGUCGAGUUUUUGUCCAACGCUAAUCACCAUCACGGCGGUGUCUGGUCACAGAGGCUUCGUUCCAUAAUAAUCCGUUCCGACCAGAUAACCGGAACAGAGACGAUGGACUUAAUAGCGUCGGUUGGCCGCCGCCGUUUCGACGGCCAACUCGACCUGGGCGCGUUCGAUCAUAAAUUAAACCUAACCGAUUUCGAUGUCACCGGAAUACGAUUGGCGUUGAGGUACGGGUCAAGCGUCGGGUUGGUGGCCGAAGAUUCGGUGACGUCCUCGGAGCUCGAACAACUGUACAGCCGUGUUGAAAGACGAGGAUCGCCGGCACUAUUCGAUUGCAUGACUUGCACGUUGUUUAUAGCGUCGGGAGGAUCGAAAAACGGGUGUAUUGAGGCGUGUGCCGUACUGCUCAGACUCUACGAAACGACACGAUACGUUUGGCCGCCGGCAUUUGACGAGGACGCCGACAGGAGGGCCGCUUUUGGUCAUCUGGUUGAAGGGUUGUUACAACAAGAACAACCCGAAGUGUACAACGCAUUUAAGAUGUCCGGCGUCUCGUGGUGGCUUCUGUGCUCUGGCUGGGCAUCCGACUGUUUCUGGGGCCGACUGAACUGGUCCGAAAUUUGCCGCUGGCUGUGUCUGGUCGUUGUGAGCCCGGUAGAUUACCAGGCGUUCUUUUUCGUCUGUUUGGCCGCGGCUCAAAAGCGCCGGUGGAUGGAAGCGUUCAACCAGGGCCGGUUUCACGAUACCGUUUAUCAGGGUGAUUUAGGCGAUUUCCGACUGACUGAUCAUGCAAUUUAUUUCGAAGAAUUGGCGAAAAAGCACCAACGGUGUAUAUCGAAGAAACUUGCGUCCGAAUUCGAUAUGCAUUAGACAGACAAUAUUAUACAAUAACUUCGUUCAACUGCAGUUUUCGGCAUUUCAGUUCAUUUUUAUGCGUUCACGACGUAUUGAUGUAUAUACCGAAUCCGUUGGUGUAUAUUAUAUAUAAGAGACAUUCAUGACGCAUAACAUUAUCGAACGACGGUGCAUUGUAAACGGUGAUUAGAAAAGCCAGUGCGAUGUAUCAAAAAAUGUAUGGAUCCAUGAUUGACAUUAAUUAUCGGCAAAUAUUGAUUCAACCGCAUUCGUUGGCGUAGUUUUUAUACAUGGGUUUGGACUUUGUGUCCCAUCAAUGUCGCGACCACGGCGUUCUUAAAUUCUGUAAAUAGAUCCAUAAACAUUGGAACAGUUACACGCAACGUCGACCGUGAUCCUAACAUUAACCGUCGAUCGUCAUAUCAAAUGCGAGUAAUAAGUGUCAGUGCCGAUUGAAAUUAAUAUCAUAAUAAUAUUAUAUUGUUGCUGUUGGUUAGCAUAGUAAUUUCAAAUAUUCCUUUUAUAAAUUCAAUUAUUAUCGAGUUUCAAUUGAAUAUCAUAUUAUGUUCUAUUGGAAGUUAUUUUUUUUAUUUCAUCAUCAUUUACUUGUACAUGUAUACUUGAUGUAAAUCUCAAAAUCCAAUAUAGGUAGUUGUAUAAAUAUGCGUCGCAUCGGAUUUGGUUAUUUUAAAAUAAGCAGAAAUUUAAUACAAGAUAUUGGAAUCAAAAAAAAAGAUAUGUACGAAACGAUCGAAAUGUAUAGUUUAAAAGAAUUCGAGCACAUCCUUUGGGCAUACUGUUUUCCCCAAGGAAAAUGGCCGAACGCAGUAAAAAAAAAUAAAAAAUCGUGGAUUGAAAAAAAAAAUUUAGGAGAAAGUCUAUUUUAGACUAAGCAGCUGUUAUGCCACUGUGCCUAAUAUAUCAUAUUAUUAUUAAAUCUUGAUCAUAUUUUAUUUAUUAUUGUCACUAAAAUUUACUAAUGAAAUCUGUUGCAUAACACUCGUCAUUACGAUUAUUGAACAUAUGUAUACACAUCAUAAACGUGACGUAAUUUUGAUAAGAAAUUAAAUUGUAAUAGUAUAAUUAAAAUACUGUGCUUGCAAAUCACUGGAAGAAAAUACCAUUUGUGAAAUCCUAAAUGAUGAUUGAUUUCAAUUAAGUACCAUUAUAUUAUAAUUGUGAAAGUUGUGCAUAACUUACUGUUGAUCGUUUAAUUUGACCGUUUUAUUAAUGAGUGGCUAAUUGACGGUUCGGGAACUCGAUUGAUGAGUAAUGAAUAAUUGAACAGUUGACGGAGCACAAAUGUGAAUUCAAUCUACAUUUGAGAAAUACAACGCAGUUAUACACAUUUUGACAUUAUUUUCAAUUUCCGUACAGCGGACGACGUAUAAGAUGCUCGCGCUUAAUGAUAAAUUAUAAAAUUACAUUUUAAUAAGUCCUAACGCUAUACCUAUCGGUAUAUUUAUAUAUUUUAAUAAAUAUAGUGACAUCACAGUUUGUAUAUAAUUACAUACUUGUUUAUACAUACGCGAAUUACAGAAGAAUAAAACGAACUCGCUGUGGCUACGAACUACGGCGGUGCGAAUAAUAUUAUAUAAUAACUGCAAUACUGGAAAUUGGAGUACAAUAUUGUUUUAGUUUUCUGCAGUUGGACAAUUUUAUUUUUUCAUAAUAAUAGAAUCGAGCAAUAUUUUGCCAACAUGGUAUUUUAUUUUUAUUUUUUAGUCGGCGCUGCAAGCACCUACGCAAUAUGUGUAUUUUUGUAGACAUGGGUUCUAUUCGCAAAUUGGAUUGUGCAACGUUUUCAAAGGUGAAUCCCCCCAUCAUUCUUAUUUCUUACAUAUUAUUACGUGGUUUACUGACGGAAGGCUGCUAGACCUUUCACGUGCGUCACGAGUGGAAUAACAAUUACGAUUCGUCGACAGUAUAUGCGAGAUAUACCUAGCGCGCCUGUCUUGGUCGAAAUAAUUCCUGACCAUUUCGAAACGGUUAUCGGAUAGAUUUUUACUAAAUUAUAAUAAAUGAUAGUAUAAUUUUUGACCGGAAUAUUAUAAUUUUUGUCGUGGCGAAGUCACGGAC